GGUCAUCCUCAUUUUUUCAACCAGUUAUAUGGUGGAAUGGAUACAUUUGGUGUCGCUGGUGCGUGGUUAACAGAUGCUUUAAAUUCAAGUCAGUAUACUUAUGAGGUAGCACCAGUAUUCACACUGAUGGAGAAGACAGUGUUAUCUAAAAUGUUGUCGUUGAUUGGAUUUACAGAUGGAGAUGCAAUAUUUUGUCCAGGUGGUUCAGUUUCCAACAUGUAUGGUAUCAACCUAGCCAGAUAUAAGUCCUUUCCUGAUGUUAAAACAAAUGGUAUGCAGGGUUUACCCAACCUCUGUAUAUUAACAUCUAACAAGGGUCAUUAUUCCAUGAAAAAGGGGGCAGCAUUCUUAGGAUUAGGAAUAAACAAUGUGAUACCUGUUGAAACAGAUGAAUGUGGCAGAAUGAGUCCCCAUAGUCUAGAAACUACGAUACUGGAUGUUAAGGCUCAGGGGCGUGUUCCUAUCAUGGUGAAUGCUACAUCUGGUACGACAGUUCUGGGAUCAUACGAUCCUCUAAAUGCCAUUGCUGAUAUUUGUCAAAAUCAUGGUAUCUGGAUGCAUGUUGAUGCUGCAUGGGGAGGUGGUGUUCUGUUAUCUAAGAAAUAUAAACAUCUUAUGGAUGGAAUAGAAAGAGUCGACUCGGUCACUUGGAAUCCACAUAAAAUGAUGGGGGCGCCCCUGCAAGCUUCGGCCUUCCUCACCAGACAUAAGACAUUGUUAGCUGAAUGUCAUUCGGCUCAUGCUAAAUAUCUGUUCCAACAAGAUAAAUUCUAUGAUGUGAGCUAUGAUACUGGAGAUAAAUCAGUACAAUGUGGUCGAAAAGUAGAUGUCCUCAAAGUUUGGAUGAUGUGGAAGGCAAAGGGCGAUAAAAAGUUCGAGAGAGAUAUUAAUAAUAUUUUCUAUUGUGCAGAAUAUCUAACGAGUCAACUUCGACAGAAAGAAGGAUUCAGACUUGUUCUGGAUAAACCCGAAUGUACCAAUGUUGGGUUUUGGUAUAUACCACCAAGUAUGAGAGGACAGACUGAAGAUACAGAUUGGUGGCAACGAUUGUCGAAGGUAGCACCAGCUAUAAAACAAAGAAUGACAGAACAAGGUACAAUGUUAAUCGGCUACCAACCAGAUGGCGAGAGAGUCAAUUUCUUCAGAAUGAUAGUAUCUAAUCUAGACACAACUUCAGCUGAUAUGGAUUUUGUUAUUUAUGAGAUUGAUAGAUUAGGAAAUGACCUAUAACCCUACUUUGUGUCACUGGAUAACAUAACACUUUUACCUUUUUGAUCUUAAUCAUGCACACUGAAAGCUUUUGGACAGUAAUGUAUAUUAUUAACUUUGAGACGCUAUAUUGUAUAUUUAGAAGUUUUAAAUAUAGACUAGAAAUUAUUUUAUAUAAUGAAGUGUAGAGAUACAAUCUCAAUUCUGUUGUUUAUUUUGCUUGAAUAAAUGCAUAAAAUUGUAGUCAACGUUUACAAUCAAUAACAAAGCCUAUGAUUUUGUUGACAAUGGCAGUAAAAACUACCAUGUCUUGAGUUUG